AUGGUUUCUUUCAGGUUUCAUCAAUACCAGGUGGUUGGGAGGGCUCUCCCUACGGAGUCAGAUGAACACCCGAAGAUUUAUCGUAUGAAGCUUUGGGCUACCAAUGAAGUUCGCGCUAAGUCCAAGUUCUGGUAUUUCUUGAGGAAGCUGAAGAAGGUGAAGAAGAGCAAUGGACAAAUCCUUGCUAUCAACGAGAUUUAUGAGAAGAACCCAACCAAGAUUAAGAACUAUGGUAUUUGGUUGAGGUACCAGAGUAGAACAGGCUACCACAACAUGUACAAGGAGUUCCGUGACACCACACUUAACGGUGCUGUUGAUCUCAUGUACAAUGAGAUGGCUUCACGCCACAGGGUUCGUUUCCCCUGCAUUCAGAUUAUCAAGACUGCCACCAUCCCAGCUAACCUCUGCAAGAGGGAAAGCACCAAACAAUUCCACAACUCCAAGAUCAAGUUCCCAUUGGUUUUCAAGAAAAUCAGACCACCAACCAGGAAGCUCAAGACCACUUACAAGGCCAAGAAGCCCAACUUGUUUAUGUAA